CCUAUAAAUAUUCUCUAGGUUUUAGGUUUUGGACAGAAGAAGAGAGCGAAGGAAGAGGAGAAGCAAAAGCUUCGAAGGCGCUUACGGCUUAGAUACUACUUUUCUCUCUUCUAUCUCUUUUCAUUUCUGAGGGUUUUUCACCUUCUCUCUAGGUUUUCAAUAUGAGCAACAACGAUAGCUUGAAUAUGGCCGAUCUUGGUGCCGCUUUGAAUGCAGAAAAUAGAGCAGACCUUGUAAAUGUUCUCAAGAAUAAGCUUCAGGAUCUUACUGGGAAGCACUCUGAUGUGCUAGAGAAUCUAUCUCCGAAUGUCAGGAAGCGCGUUGAUGUGCUCAGGGGUAUUCAGAGUCAGCAUGAUGAAUUGGAGGCAAAAUUUUUUGAAGAGAGAGCAGCACUUGAAGCAAGAUACCAAAAGCUUUAUCAACCUCUUUAUGCCAAGAGAUAUGAAAUUGUUACUGGAGCUGUUGAAGUUGAAGGGGCUACUGCUGACUCUGAGGAGAAAAACAAAGAAGACGAGAAAGAAGCUGAAGAGAAAGGAGUUCCUGAUUUUUGGCUCACUGCAAUGAAGAACAAUGAAGUCCUUGCUGAGGAGAUUUCUGAGCGUGACGAAGGGGCUCUUAAAUUUCUUAAAGAUAUAAAGUGGUUCAGAAUUGAUAAUCCUAAGGGCUUCAAGCUUGAAUUUUACUUUGAUACUAAUCCAUUUUUCAAGAACUCUGUUCUGACUAAAAUUUAUCACAUGAUUGAUGAAGAUGAACCCAUACUGGAGAAAGCAAUUGGGACGGAGAUUGAAUGGUAUCCAGGAAAAACCUUGACACAGAAGAUACUUAAAAAGAAGCCUAAGAAGGGUUCGAAAAAUGCCAAGCCAAUAACUAAAACUGAACAGUGCGACAGCUUCUUCAACUUCUUUAGUCCACCCCAAGUACCAGAGGAGGAUGAAGAUAUUGAUGAAGAUGCUGCUGAAGAACUUCAAAAUUUGAUGGAGCAAGAUUAUGACAUUGGGUCAACUAUUCGAGAUAAAAUUAUUCCCCAUGCAGUGUCCUGGUUUACUGGAGAGGCUGCUCAGGAAGAGUAUGGCGAUAUUGAAGAUGACGAAGACGAAGAUCUUGAUGACGAAGACGAUGAAGACGAUGAAGAUGAUGAAGAUGAAGAUGAUGAAGACGAUGAUGAGGAUGAAGAUGAAAGCAAGACAAUGAAGAAGCCAUCAGCUGUGCGCAAGAAGAGUGGAAGAGCACCAGCUGCUGACGGUCAGCAAGGUGAGAGGCCUCCUGAAUGCAAGCAACAAUAGUUGUUUUUGUCACCAAAAAAUAGUGGAUUGGGUGUGGCUCUGGCGUGUUUCAGAUCAUAUAUAUUUAUAUAGUUCUAGUGGUCUUCUAGUAUUUAUUUUCUCUAUCUCCUAUUAUUCAUUACUUGGGAAUUUUUUUCAUUUUCGGUUUCUUGUUCGAGAGGAAGUGAUUUAGUACUAGAUAUGAUGUCCCUUGAUUUUGAUGCUACUUGUUGAAUUCUGAAGCCUGUUGAAGCUUGGUGUACACUCGUUUUAUGGUAGUAAGUAUUUCUUUGCUACUUUCUUUUCAAAAAUUUAAAGUUCUGU